UGAAAUUUUGUUCCCCUCCGAUAUAUAUUAUCUAUGAUCUGAACCAAUUUUAUACGAUCCAGAUUCUGAGAAAAGAAGAAAAAAAACUGAUUUGGUCGAUUCGUGCAAAAGAAAAAUAAAUUCUUUCAAUUGAUUGUUGUUCGAAACAACACACACACACAAUACAUUGAUCAACAAUAACAGAUUAGAUAAAAUUUAAAACAACAACAACAAUAAUGGCAUCACGUGGUAUUGUACGUACAAGUAAAUUUCGUCAUGUAUUUGGUCAAGCAUUUAAACGUGAAAAUUGUUAUGAUAAUAUACGGAUAUCGAAAAAUUCAUGGGAUGGUAAUUUUUGUGCUGUAAAUUCAAAAUUUGUUGCCAUCGUUAUUGAAGCUGCCGGUGGUGGUGCUUUCCUCGUAUUACCAUUGAAACAGCCUGGACGUGUUGAUAUUAAUCAUCCAUUAGUUGCCGGUCAUAAAGGACCUGUAUUGGAUAUUGCAUGGUGUCCAUUCAAUGAUAAUAUUAUUGCAAGUUCAUCGGAAGAUACAACGGUUAAAGUUUGGCAAAUUCCUGAUCAUGGCCUAUCACGUACAUUAACCGAUCCGGUUGUCGAUCUUGUUGGUCAUCAACGUCGUGUUGGAUUUCUUGCCUGGCAUCCAUCCGCUAAUAAUGUACUGUUAUCAGCUGGUGCUGAUUGUAAAAUUAUCAUCUGGAAUGUUGGCACUGGUGAAAUAUUAUCAGCCAUUUCUUUGCCUGAUCUUAUUUUUCAUGUAUCAUGGUGUUGGAAUGGUUCACGUAUUGUAACAACAUCGAAAGAUAAAAAAAUACGAAUAUAUGAUCCACGUACUGGAGAUAUGGAACAGGAAGGUGAAGGUCAUGAAGGCGCUAAACCACAACGAGCCAUCUAUCUUCGUGAUGAUUUAAUUUUCACAACCGGAUUCUCUAAAAUGAGUGAACGACAAUAUUCAUUACGUAGUGAAUCGGAUCUAAAGCCAAUCGUUUUGGAAACAUUGGACACUAGUAAUGGUGUAUUAUAUCCAUUCUAUGAUCCGGAUGUUAAUCUUUUAUAUCUUUGUGCUAAGGGUGAUAGUAAUAUACGUUACUUUGAAAUCACCGAUGAACCACCAUUUGUUCAUUAUAUAAAUACAUACCAAUCAAGUGAACCACAACGUGGUAUUGGUUAUAUGCCAAAACGUGGCUGUGAUGUUCAUAAUAAUGAAAUUGCUAGGCUUUUUAAAUUACAUUCAAAAGGUUUAUGUGAAGUAAUUAGUUUUACUGUGCCAAGAAAAUCUGAACUAUUUCAAGAUGAUCUCUAUCCGGAUACAGCAGGCGAUGAACCAGCAUUAACAGCUGAACAAUGGAUUAAUGGUGAAGAUGCUGAACCGAUUCUGGUGUCAUUGAAAGAAGGUUAUCAAUCGACAAAAAAACAGGACCUUAAAGUUGUUAAAAAGAAGAGCAACAUAUUGGAUACGAAACCGGCAUCAAAACGAUCAACAGCUGAUGGUGAAUCAAGUGCUGUUACUGGUAGUAGUGGUGGUGGUGAUAGUCUUGAUGCAUUAUUAUCAUCAUUACCACCACCCGGUAUGACACCGGAACAAUUGCAAAAAUUCGAAGAAUUAGCUAAUGAAGUACAUAAAUUGAAGGCAAUCGUAUUGAAACAUGAGAUUAGACUUCGUGAUACAGAAAAAGCAUUAGCAGCACAUAAUAUAACAUUGGAUACUGAUGAAUCAUCACGUACAAAUAAUGGUGAAACACAUUGAAUGAUUUAAAUAAACGAACAAAAUAGGAAAAUGAACCGAAAUCGAUCAUCGAUAUAAUGAAUUUUCAUUGCUUUCCACAUUUCGCUUAACCCCCAACACCCAUCGAUUUGAAUGAUCAUCAAUCAAUUUUUUAAACAACAAAAAUGUGUCAAUCAUUUUAUCACAUUCAUCCUCAUCCUUUUACUACUGCUAUCAUUACAUGGCCCAAGUAUUACAU